AUGCUUCAGAACCAUUUGGACGAAUGUAUUGAGACGGUAAGGGCGAAGAGCCCCGAAGGAUUGCAACGAAAUGGACGUUUAAUGGAGAAUGGUCAAGACGAAGAGGAAUCUGAGGCGACCAAUAAUACGAGUAGUCAACGAACAGUGAUAGAAUCACCUCAGAUUCGAGGACAUCAUCCGAAUCGCAUAUCUACUGUGACCACCGAUUCGACAGUUUCAUCUAUAGAAUUCGAUAUGAGAGCCGGUGCGAUGCAUCCAAAUGAAGCAGAAUGCAGGAAACUGAAAUCACUUGUGCAGUACCAAUGUUGA